GUUCUGGCUAAUAAGAUAACACAGAGAGUUCUGGAUUAUUUGGAGACGCUAAAGACCUGGCCUUUCUUUCCUCUCCUGUCUCCAUCUCUCCCUCCAACUCUUUUUUCUUCGUCCAGAUGAUGAAUUCUUCCCUCUUCUAACCAUCUCUGCUCUGUGUUUGAAUCCACUCAACUCUGAGCACUCCGCCGUCAUGGCAUCCUUCGCUGUCGCCAGCGCCUACGCGGCCGCAGGAUUCGUGAUCAUCGUUGCGCUGAACGUCUUGCGUCAAUUGCUAUUUCGGAACAAGAAUGAGCCCCCCGUGGUCUUCCACUGGAUUCCAUUCUUGGGAAAUACCAUCACCUAUGGCAUGGACCCCUACGCCUUCUUCUUUUCCAACCGAGAAAAGUACGGCGAUAUCUUCACGUUCGUGCUGCUGGGACAAAAGACCACGGUGUAUCUCGGUAUUCAAGGCAACGAAUUCAUCCUCAAUGCGAAACUCAAGGACGCGAACGCUGAGGAGGUGUAUUCCCCACUGACCACCCCGGUGUUCGGGCGCGAUGUGGUGUACGACUGCCCCAACUCCAAGCUCAUGGAACAGAAGAAAUUCGUCAAGUAUGGUCUCACGCAAACCGCGCUCGAAUCGCACGUGCAAUUGAUUGAGCAGGAGACGCUGGACUUCCUGCGCACCUCGCCUUGGUUCCAGGGAAGCUCCGGGGUGUUCGACGUCCCCGCCGCCAUGUCCGAGCUCACGAUCUACACCGCAGCGCGCGCCCUGCAAGGGGAGGAAGUCCGCAGCAAACUGACCUCCGAAUUCGCCGACCUCUACCACGACCUCGAAAAAGGCUUUAGUCCAAUCAACUUCAUGCUGCCCUGGGCGCCGUUGCCGCACAACCGCCAGCGGGACGUGGCGCAUGCUCGCAUGCGCGAGAUCUACACGGAGAUUCUGGACCAACGCCGCAAGAACCCUGAUGAGGAGAAAUCCGACAUGAUGUGGAACUUGAUGCACUGCACGUACAAGAACGGACAGCCGGUGCCGGACCAUGAGAUCGCGCAUAUCAUGAUCACCUUGCUCCUGGCGGGCCAGCACUCGAGUGCCUCCAUCAGCGCCUGGAUCCUGCUUCGCUUGGCCUCCGAACCUCAAUACCUCGAUGAGCUCUACCAGGAACAAGUCUCCAACCUCCGUCGCGAAGCGGACGGAACCUUCGCCCCGCUGCAAUACGAGGACAUCGACAAGCUGCCCUUGCACAAGAGUGUCAUCAAGGAAACUCUCCGUCUCCACUCGUCCAUCCAUUCCAUCAUGCGCAAGGUUAAGAGCGACAUGCCGGUGCCCGGUACCAACAUGGUCGUGCCCACCGGCCAUGUGCUGAUGGCCUCGCCCGGUGUCACUGCUCAGAGCGACGAGUUCUUCCCCAAUGCGAGCAAGUGGGAUCCGCGCCGCUGGGACGACCAGGUUGAGAAAGAGGAAGACGGCGGCGAGAUGGUUGACUACGGCUACGGCACCGUCUCCAAGGGCACCGCCAGUCCCUACCUCCCCUUCGGAGCUGGCCGUCACCGCUGCAUCGGCGAGAAGUUUGCCUACCUCAACCUGACCACCAUCGUUGCGACCUUUGUGCGCCAUAUGCGGGUCUACAACCUGGAGGGCAAGAAGGGAGUUCCAGGAACCGACUACUCGACUCUGUUCUCAGGCCCGCUGAAGCCAGCCAUGGUGCACUGGGAACGUCGGUCCGAGAAGGCAAUCUAGACGACCUCUGCUCUUUCCCUGUCCCUUUCACUUUCUUGAGGACACUAUGGGCAUAGCAGAGUUCUCGUGUGUCUAACCUGACGGAUUGAUGACUCUUUUCCUUUUUUUUUUUUUUUUCUUUCUUCGCGGCUGUUUCUUUUU